GAAAGAGAGACCGAGAAAGAGAGGGACACGGAGUGAGAGACAGAAAAAUGUGGGAGGGAAGGAAAGUGAUGAAUGGAGGAAGGGAAUGAGAGGGAGGGAGGAGCAGAGGGAUUGACCAGGGACCUCAUCUAGUAGGCACACUCGUUCACUCAGUCACUCUCUCCUCUCCCUGUGUCUGUAGCUUUCUAACAGACAUGAUGCCUCGCAUCUUCCUCAUCUGCUUGAGUUCUUUGCUCCUCCUCUUCCUCUCCUCCUCCGCGUAUUCGGAACCCCGCCGAACGUCGUCGUCAUCACCACGCAGCAGGACCGCGCGCGCUCCGGCUCCCGCAGGCAAGGUGCGCCUGGCGGGAAACUAUGCCCGGGGACAUAACGAGGGUCGCGUAGAGGUGCUGCACAACAACACGUGGGGGACGGUGUGUGAUGACGAAGUGGACAUCAAACUGGCCAAUGUCGUCUGCCGCGAGCUGGGCUUCCAGACCGGCAUGACGUGGGCGCACAGUGCCAAAUAUGGAGAGGGUGAUGGUCCUAUCUGGAUGGACAACGUGCGUUGUGACGGCACAGAGAAGACUGUGAAAGACUGUAAACAUAAUGGCUGGGGCGUCAAUGACUGUAAGCACUCUGAGGACCUUGGCGUGGUCUGCAGUCCGGAGCGACGACUGGACCAGGUCACAGGUUCGCGUAAUGGUCAGUCGGUCGCCCUGCGUCCGGAUGUCAGCCCCUCGCCCCAGUGGCAGAGCAUUCUGGCCAGCCGCAGUAACCCCCGACAGGCCCAUCAGGGGAACGGACACACCCCGGAGAGCCCCAGACUGAGACAGCACCUUUACAACCCGUAUUCCAGCAAGGUGCGUAUUCAGGAAGUGCGUCUGCGGCCCAUCCUGAUGCACACUAAGAAGCGAGCCCUGAUCACUGAGGGUGUGGUGGAAGUGAAGCAUGCUGGGAGAUGGAGACAGGUGUGUGAUCUGGGCUGGAACCUCAACAGCAGCAAAGUGGUGUGUGGAAUGCUGGGGUUCCCUGAGGCAGAACUACACAAUGAAAGAACAUACAAGAAAAUCUGGGACACCAAGGUUGCUGAUCCAUCCACAAGGCUGAGCCUCAUGGCUCGUAAAAAGGGUUUCUGGGUAGAGAAGGUUCACUGCCUGGGGUCAGAGACCAGCCUAUCACAGUGUCAUGCUCAGCUGUCCAUUCCACACAGCCCCUCCCCCUGUAAGAGUGGGAGACAUGCGGUGGCAAGGUGUGUACCUGGACCGCAGUUUGCACGUAUGUCAUCUGGAAGAGCCCAGUCACCCCACCCAAUUGUGCCGGUGCGUCUGAAGGCUGGCCCCAGGCUGGGUGAGGGCCGUGUGGAGGUGCUGAAGGAGGGGAAGUGGGGGACCAUCGUAGACCACAUGUGGAACCGCGUCUCAGCUAGCGUGGUGUGCAGGGAGCUGGGCUUCGGAACUGCCAAGGAGGCCCUCACUGGAGCUUACAUGGGACAAGGUACUGGUCCUAUCCAUAUGAACAGUGUUCAGUGUUUGGGGACAGAGAAGUCUAUCCUAGACUGUUACUUUCAGGAUGUCCCUCUCUGGACGUUUAAACACACCCAGGACGCCUCAGUACGCUGCAACAUCCCCAAGCUUGGCCUAGACAGCACGGUGCGAUUGGCGGGGGGCAGGGAGCCAGGUGAGGGGCGUGUGGAGGUACUGAUGGAUGUAGGGGGUCGUAAGAGAUGGGGGUCAGUCUGCAGUGAGAACUGGGGGAUCAACGAAGCCAUGGUGGUCUGUAGACAGCUGGGUCUGGGGUUCGCAUCCCGAGCACACCAGGAUACUUGGUAUUGGGCUGGGGAUCCUAACGCAGCAGAGUUGGUGUUGAGUGGAACCCACUGUGUCGGAACUGAGCUGUCAAUCCAACAGUGUCGCCGUAACAACCACGUAUACUGUCCCCGAGGUGGUGGGACUAAUGCUGCAGGGGUCACCUGUUCAGAGACUGCCCCUGACCUGGUACUAGAUGCCCAACUGGUUCAGGAGACAGCCUACCUAGAGGACCGACCCCUACAUCUGCUGACCUGUGCCAACGAGGAGAACUGUCUGUCAUCCUCCGCUGCCAGAAUGAACUGGCCGUACGGACACCGUCGCCUCCUACGAUUCUCCUCCAGGAUUAUGAACAUGGGACGGGCCGACUUCAGACCUAGGGCUACCAGGGAGUCUUGGACAUGGCACGCAUGUCAUAGGCACUACCACAGCAUUGAGGUGUUCACCCACUAUGACCUGUUGACUCUGAAUGGAACCAGGAUAGCUGAGGGACACAAGGCCAGCUUCUGUCUGGAGGAUACAUACUGCCCUGAAGGUUUGCAUAAGCGUUUCUCCUGCUACAACAUGGGCGACCAGGGCAUCUCAGUGGGUUGCUGGGAUACGUAUCGCCACGACAUCGACUGUCAGUGGAUUGACAUCACUGAUGUCAAGCCUGGAGACUACAUCUUCCAGGUGGAAGUUAACCCUUCGUUAGACAUGGCUGAGUCGGACUUCCAGAACAACGUGAUGAGAUGUCGAUGCAAAUACGACGGACACAGAGCAUACAUGUAUGGAUGUCACGCAGGUGAUGCGUACAGUGCAGAGAUUGAGGACCUGUUCGAGCACCAACGGCAGAUCUCCAAUAACUUUGUCUAGGCCCAUCCAGGGCCCAGCAUUGGCCCAGUCUGGUGCCCAGCGAAGAGGGCUCAGAGCUGGGACCAUAGACUACUCAGGGUGGCCUGGGGUCUGGUGGGUCCAGGGACUCCUGCCCCACAACACUAGAGGACUCACGAAAUGGCACCUGUCCACCUCCCUGACCUGCUGUUGACUACACUACCCAAAGUACACCACAAUCAGGAGAAGACCAUCACCCUUACCACACCCUUCAACCCCAACAGUCAAUAGCAACUGAGAGCAGGACAGGUGUCACCAAGGCAACCAAAUUAGUGCAGUAAACAAUGGAUAAUUCAAAUUAUAUGGAUUCAAUCAACUGUUAGGUAUUUUGUUAAUUUAUGAAUGUGGAUUAAUAGUAAUUUAGCUACUCAAAGUUUGUAUGAAUGAAUUCUGAUUCUGAUUAAAUUAUUAUUGUCUGUCCAUGAUUUAAAAUGACUAACAUACGCUUGGUCCCAUAUGCCCGGGUCCCAGGAAAGGGGAAAGAAUGUCUGAAAAGAGUUCUGCGUUAUCUGUUUGACUGUUGGUCUGUCUGGACAAAUGUCUCCUACAUCUACAUUAUCACAAUAUCGGUAAUGUUUAACCAAAUCACAACCUUCCUGUAGACUUUGAGGUCCGCAGCUCUACAGUGGACCUCAAGGCCCGGGUAGUUGUGUAUGAACGUUUAUCUUAGUUUUUACAAUUUAAUUAGCUUUUUUAUUAUUGUGCAGGUAGUCAUUCUGAUGUGUUAAUCUUUUUUCUUUUUUUAAUAUAUAUAUAUACUGUAACUACAGUAGAACUGAUACACAAACCUAAAUACAGUUGAGUUAGUUAACAUUUCUCUCUUUUGUUUUUAAAUUACUAUUACAUGAGGUCCUUUUAAAUUGGCGUUUGUGAUUUUAUCUUUUGAUACCUGCCUAGAAAAUGUAACUUGAUGCAGUUUACUGUAUUCUUUCCUGUAUUAACUGAAUUUCAAUGCUUUUGGCGCACAUUUUUUCAUAAUAUGUAAUGCUGCAGGUUAAUUUAUUUAAGGCUUGCAUACUUUUUAUAUUGAUUAAACAUAUAAAACAAACACAUUUUCACCCAAUAAGUCACUAGCUAUGUUAUACACUAGAAAAAAGGGUCUACCUAGAUCCAAGGGUUCUUUGGCUGUCCCUAUAGCUCGGAGAACUCUUUUUGUUUCUAGAUAGAACUCUUUUUGGUUCCAGAAAUAACCCUUUUUGGUUCCAUGUAGAAAAUAUUUUCUUAGAGUGUAACUUAAAAGGGUUGUGUCAUCUUAACAUUUCGUAUUCCAAAUGGCCAACUGAGAGAUAGCUUUGUGCCAUCCACAAAUGGCCUUUCCAGUGUGAGUGAAAGCAGGUUCGGUGGUAAACCCACAGUUCUGUGGCAGCCAGGCAGGCAGUGUAUAAAAAGCCUUUAAUUAGCUAUGUUUGGGUUAGAGUUAGGGUAAGCAACUGUGAACUCUGCUGUCACCAGCUAUAGGCCUGGGUAGGAUAGACAGACAAGAUAGGGAGAGAAAGAGAGAGGGAAGGGAGGAGAGAGAUAAGAGAGAAAGUUUGACAGAGAGGAUGAGAGAGAAAGAGAGACAGACAGAUCGAGAGAGAACACUGCCUUUGAAUGGGCAGAGAGCACAGGAAGUUGGUGUCAGCUUAAUUGGGGAGAACGGGCUCGUGGUAAUGACUGGAGCGGAAUCAGUGGAAUGGUAUA